AUGGUUCAAUUCCACGAGCACAUAAUCAGCGAUCUCCUGGAGGAUCCCACCGGCGGCCUGGUUGUCCUCUCCGCCGGCCUCGGCCUCCCCAAGCUCGUAUCCUCCCUCCUCAGCCUCCACGACCCUUCCCAGGGCUCUGUCCUCAUCCUCAACGCCUCCCCUUCCCAGAAGAGCUCCAUCGACGCCGCCUCUCGAUUCGCCUCCAUCACCACCGACCUCCCCGCCCACCACCGCCUCUCCCUCUACACCUCCGGCGGGGUCUUCUUCAUCACCGCCCGCAUUCUCAUCGUCGAUUUGCUCACUCAGCGCCUCCCCACCACCUCAGUUGCCGGAAUUAUCCUCCUCAACGCCCAUUCGCUUUCGGAUACUUCGACUGAGGCUUUCAUUGUCCGGAUUAUUCGGUCGUCCAAUCGUUCCGUCUAUGUUCGAGCCUUCUCCGACCGGCCCCACGCAAUGGUUUCUGGAUUUGCGAAAGCAGAGCGGAUCCUCAAGUGCCUUUUUAUCCGUAGACUCCACCUCUGGCCUAGAUUUCAGGUGUAUGUUUCUCAGCAUUUGGAAAAGGAUCCUCCAGAGGUGAUUGACAUUCGGGUCCCAAUGUCACCAUACAUGAUUGGUAUUCAGAAAGCUGUGAUUGAAGUGAUGGAUGCGUGUUUAAAAGAGAUGAGGAAGACUAACAAGGUUGAUGUGGAGGAUUUGACAGUGGAAAACGGGCUGUUUAAAUCGUUUGAUGAGAUUGUAAGGAGACAAUUGGAUCCUAUAUGGCAUACAUUAGGGAAGAGGACGAAGCAGCUUGUUUCAGAUUUGAAGUCAUUGCGGAAGCUGCUAGAUUAUCUUGCCAGAUAUGAUGCUGUGACUUAUCUGAAGUAUCUUGACUCGCUUAGAGCUUCAGAGAGCUUUCGAUCUGUUUGGAUCUUUGCUGAGUCUAGCUACAAGAUUUUUGAGUAUGCUAAGAAGCGAGUUUAUCAUUUUGGUCGGCCAAAUAGUGGAAAAUCUGUUGAGACGAGUAAGAGUGUUGUCGUCAGGAAGAGAAAACAAGAUGGAAAGAUCAAGGAUACAGAUGGUUCGACAGCAACUGCGGAUGGUGGGGCUGUUUUGGAGGAAAUUUUGGAGGAACCACCAAAGUGGAAGGUCUUGCGAGAUAUUCUUGUGGAGAUACAAGAGGGGAGACAGAAACAAUCAAUGGCCGGGGAAGAUGAAAUAGUUGGAGAUGAAAGAGAACCUAAUGGAAUUAUUCUUGUGGCUUGCAAGGAUGAACAUUCUUGCAUGCAGCUUGAAGAUUGCAUUACAAAAGGCCAGCAUGAGGUAAUGCGAGAGGAAUGGGAAAAAUAUCUGCUAAGUAAAGUUGAGCUGAAAACUUUACCAAAACAUAAGCAGAAGAAGCCAAAGGCACCUAAAGGUUUUGGGGUUCUUGAUGGGGUUAUCCCCUCCAUUUCUGGACAAAAAGCUGAUGUCAGCAGCAUAAGCAAACCCGAGAAUGAUGCGCUGCUGGCUGCAGCAUAUGAAAUAAGUAAACAAGCAAAAAGGGACAAUGAUAUGAAAGAUGGUGGAGCCAGUGAGGAACAUGAUAAAGGAAGGAGAAAUGGAAGAAAUAAGAACAAGAUAAAGAUUGUUGAGACUGACCCUGAACCCGAAACUAGAUUUCAAUCUCAGACCUCUCCCUCAAAGCAAGAAGAGGAAAAAAUUGACAAUCAAUCAAUAGCUGGUCCUAUUCUUGGCAACAAACUAGAGAGUGAGUAUCCUGAUAGAAUUCUUCGAAAGCAUGUUCAAGGACCGGAUAGUGCAAGGCAGCUCCCACCAGUGAUUUUCCAUGCACUUGAGAGUGAUCACAGUAUUCUUGAUAUUUUAGAGCCUUCUGUAAUUAUUGUGUACCAUCCUGACAUUGCUUUUGUGAGAGAAAUUGAAGUUUACAAAUCAGAGAAUCCCUUGAAGCCGUUGAAAGUAUACUUUCUAUUUUAUGAAGAUUCCACUGAGGUUCAAAAAUUUGAGGCGAGUAUACGUAGAGAAAAUGGAGCAUUUGAGUCUCUGAUCAGGCAGAAGUCUAUGAUGAUGAUACCAGUUACUCAGGAUGAGCAGCUUCUAGGCAUAAGUUCUUCUGUAGAGCCGCAAUCUACUGUUGCCCAAAAUAUGAUUACCAGAAAAGCUGGUGGAAAGAAGGGAGCAGAUAAGGAAAUGCAGAUCAUAGUGGACAUGAGGGAAUUCAUGAGCAGCCUUCCGAAUGUCCUCCACCAGAAAGGCACACGCAUUAUACCUGUGACUUUGGAAGUGGGAGAUUACAUUCUAUCCCCAUUAAUAUGUGUCGAGCGUAAGAGUAUACAAGAUCUCUUUGGCAGUUUUUCAUCUGGUCGUUUAUAUCACCAGGUGGAGAUGAUGUCACGUUAUUAUCGAAUACCUGUUCUCCUGAUCGAGUUUUCGCAAGACAAGAGCUUUUCAUUUCUGUCUGCAAGUGAGAUAGGUGAUGAUGUUACUCCAAAUAGUAUUAUAUCCAAGCUGUCACUGCUUGUUCUCCAUUUCCCUCGCCUGCGUAUUGUCUGGUCCCGCAGUUUGCAUGCCACUGCCGAAAUUUUCACGAUGCUCAAAGCGAACCAAGAUGAACCACACGAGGCCAAGGCAAUUAGAAUAGGUGUCCCAUCAGAGGAUGGCAUUAUCGAGAAUGAUGUUAGAGCCGAAAAUUUCAAUACAUCAGCUGUUGAGUUCCUCAGACGACUGCCCGGGGUUACAGAUUCCAACUACAGGUCGAUAAUGGACGGUUGUAAAAGCUUGGCGGAACUUGUAAUGCUUCCAAUAGAGAAACUAGCAGAGUUGAUGGGGGGUCAGAAGGCAGCAAAAACCUUGAGAGAUUUUCUGGAUGCCAAGUAUCCAACCUUGCUUUAG